CUAUCAUGCAUUACGGCGGUAUUCACCAGAAAAACAGACAUUACCCGCGACAAGAAGUUUCGUUAUGUUUUGUUUCGACUCUCUCUCUCUCUCUCUCUCUCUCUCUCUCCUUGUCUUCUUGGUUUUGUGAGAGAAUUUUAACAGAAGCUUAAAAGGGUUUCCUUCAAAAGCUCCAUCGGACUCUCUCGGAUAUCUCUGGCUUUCUUCGAGGAUGGGCUUGUGGGAUUCCCUCCUCAAUUGGCUCCGAAGCUUAUUCUUUAAACAAGAAAUGGAACUCUCCCUUGUAGGCCUUCAGAAUGCAGGGAAGACAUCACUUGUGAAUGCUAUUGCUACAGGAGGAUAUAUUGAGGACAGGAUUCCAACUGUGGGAUUUAAUAUGCGAAAAGUUACAAAAGGGAAUGUAACCAUUAAGCUUUGGGAUCUUGGUGGGCAGCGGAGGUUUCGCAGCAUGUGGGAGCGUUACUGCCGGGGAGUCUCCGCUAUUGUAUAUGUUGUCGAUGCUGCUGAUAGAGACAGUGUUCCCAUAUCCCGAACUGAGCUUCAUGAGCUCUUGACAAAGCCUUCCUUAAGUGGGAUCCCUUUGCUUGUUCUUGGCAACAAAAUUGACAAAUCAGAAGCUCUUUCCAAGCAAGCUCUGGUAGAUCAGCUAGGUCUCGACUCAAUCCAAGAGAGAGAGGUGUGUUGCUACAUGAUCUCAUGCAAAGAUUCUGUAAACAUUGAUGCGGUCCUUGAUUGGCUUAUCAAACACUCAAAGACAGUAAAUUGAUCAGAGGGUUUGUUCUAUUUUACUCAGAUGAAGAAACAGAUCAAGGUUAAGACAUUUUAUGUGUCAGUACUUGUUUGGGACCAAGAAUCAGAAUUCUACUUCCUCAGGGAAACAAUUGUUUGUUUUUAGUUGCAUAUAUUUCUCUCUGUAAUAAUCAUUCCCUGGGUUAUUUUGGUUUGACAUGGCUCUUCUUCUUCUUCUUUUUUUCUCUUUUUUAUUGGAAUGUUGUCUUUUUCUUCUUUUCUUUUUAGUGAUUCUGUAAACUGUGGAACUUAAGUUGGAUUUGUUGUCAAUACAAGUAGAGGAAAAGAAAAUGAUUGGGUGA